UUUUUCCAGGUCUUCACCAUGCUCAAGAUGGCAGGUGCACCUCUUAUCAAUGAGAUGCUGUAUGAGGCUACACAGAUGCAGAUUCACUACCUGGAAUCAACUUGGAUUUCUAAUGUAUUGCCAAAUGAACAGUACAUGGGCUCUGUAGCACCCAGGAAGUCUAUCUUUGACAGUGGCAAGUCUUGUAUUUCUUCUGACCACUCCACUGCAUUUCUCCUUACUGCCAAGCCCCACUUUCCUAGCAUCCCUGUCGAUGAUGCAGCUCCCCUUUUGAUACAUGACCUGCAACCUGUGUUUGGAGACUUCUUUUUGGGCUGGUCAUACACAAGCCACCAUGGCUGCCAUCUCUCUUCACCCAAUUCUCCCCUCCCUUUCUCGCACUUUCAUGCCUGGGACAAGUUUUGUAUUCAGCAGCAUUUGGCACAGGACCCCCUCUCCCUGUCACCACCUCAAACAACUCAGGCUUUCCCCCUGAGCACCAAUAUGCCAUGGGGUCAGGCAAACACUAUCCUGAUAUGCCACGAGAGUGGUGAUGUUAUUUCAGCCGGUCAUGUGGAUGAAUGUAUGCUCAAACUUAAUGAGAUUAGGCAUGCAUGA